AUGGAAGAAUUAGUUGUUUAUAAGUGCGAUAUCUCAACUCAUUUGCAUCUCCCGGAUCAUGCUGCAGUGGAGGCAAUGCAGAUCGUGCAAAAUAUUCGAGAAUUAGCAGCUGAGCAACCGAAUGCAAGACCCAGCGACGUUAUAAGAACAGGGGUAGGAAACGUUGAAGAAGAAGUCAGCGUCAAACUACCGGAGGAAAAUCAUCUUAAGCGUAUGGUUAACAGAAGACAGAACAAGGAAAGGCCGCGUUUACCAGGUCCAAAUACGGUAAAUUUUGAGAUAAUCGCUCCUUAUGAUAGAACUCGAUCUGAUCAGCUAUUUUUACUGUACGACAGUGGUCGUGAGGGUGCCAAUCGUACACUGAUCUUUUCCACCAGUGAGAAUCUUAGGAUGUUGGCAGCGAGUGAUACACUUCUGACUGAUGGAACUUUUAAAGUUGUACCGCGGCAAUUCCUUCAACUGUACACUCUGCACGGAGUCAUUUUGGACACUGUCUUCCCAUUUGUUUUUGUUUUAACGACACGAAAAGAUGAGGGCACGUAUGCAGACAUAUACCGUCAAGUGAAGGUCAUAGCAGCCGAACUAGAUAUUCAUUUCAGCUUUCAAUUUUUAAAUACUGACUUUGAAGCAGCAAAUAUAAACGCGGUAAAAGAAGCAUUCCCCAACGCUCGCAUCGUCGGUUGCUUAUUCCACUUUUCCCAGUCCUUAUGGCGUCAGAUUGUUAGCCGAGGGCUGCGGGCCGAUUAUUUAAAUACAGAAGAACCCGAGUUACGACGUAACUUACUGGAACUCAUGGCUCUGCCGUUCAUCCCUCCUGCAGAUUUGGUGGAAACUUUCAUUUUUCUCUAUGAGGAAAUAGACGACGCUUUAAUCGAAUUUGCGACGUACGUUGACCACACGUACGUGCGUGGCAAACCAGCUCGGGGAAGAAGACGUGCGGUACCUCCCCUGUUCCCUCCCGAAACAUGGAACGUCUACAACCUAGUUUUGGCAGAUCGUAUUAGAACAAACAACGCAGUUGAGGGCUUUCACUCAAAAUUCAACCAAAUCGUCGGCACGCAUCAUGCUAACAUUUGGAAGCUCAUUGACGCUUUUAAAAAGGUUCAACAGGACACAGAGCGUACGUUAACACAGGCUCGGGGGGGUCAUCGCCGCUUUAAACCACCGGUGAGCAAGAAGUACACCACCAAUCAGGCAAUGAUUGCCAACAUCGUCCGAAAUUACCAACAUUACAAGGACACGAACUCACUGAAGAAGUACCUCCGAGCAUGUGCGUACCACCUCAAGUUGCACACGCCACGCGCAGAUCCACCAGACUCGGACGAAGAAGACUCAGACGAUGACUGAAAGUAGCUGGAAGCUGAAAGGAAAUAGCUGAAACGGCCUCAUUGGACGUGAGUUUUGGACAUAACUUUUUUACCUUACUGGACCACAGAAAUGUGACCUAAUACCACUGGACGAACAAAUGCGUAGGACUAACUAUUUACUAGGACGAAUUUAACUUGGACCAGAUUUCAAGGACAAAAAG